AUGUUUGCCGCUCGUCAAGCCAUUGGUACUAUUCAGCGCAGAGCCUUCUCGGCUUCUGCCCGCGACGUACGUCAAGUCAGGUUAAUUGUCUGGUUCAAAGCUGAUCCAGUCUCGCGCAGGCCUNNCAAGGUCGCCGUCCUCGGUGCCGGCGGUGGUAUCGGCCAGCCUCUGUCGCUUCUCUUGAAGCUCAACCCCAGAGUCACUGAGCUUGCCCUCUACGAUGUCCGUGGUGCUCCCGACUCGAGCGCUUACGGUUACGAGCAGGCCGACGUCGCCGAGGCCNNCCUCAAGAACUCCGAGAUUGUCCUCAUCCCCGCUGGUGUCCCCCGCAAGCCUGGCAUGACCCGUGAUGGUAUGACCUGA